AUGCACCGCUUGCUCCGCCUCGUAACUCAGCCAGAGAACGCAGCGAUUCUAAGCGCAGAAUUGCGCGAGAUGGACGGGAGGUACGGACGCGCACGGAAGGACGGCAGCCCGAUGCCUAUGGCUCCUUGUCCUUACGGUGUCUCGCUCCUAGCGACUGCUUGGACGACGGACCUCCCCGACACCACGUCCAAGGAAAAUAGCGCAGCUUCCAUGCCGCAAGCCUCGUCCUACUAUGGCGGCGUCACUCUCCGGCAUGGUCUCCUGGAUGCCAACAUGGGGUGCUGGGAUGGCGAUAACAACGACGGAAUCUCCAUUAUUGAUGUGACCAACCCACUACGGCCGGCCUACUGUUUCAUGAAAGACUCUCGCCCGAUGUCCGCAUAUGAGUAUCUUCAAGAGUACGAUGACCUGAAAGGCACGACAAACACGGGCCUUAUCAACCUAUCUUUCUUUGCUAUUCUUCUGAUAUGUGGCAUCCCACUCAUCGAGGCGCAGGCCUUGAAGGAAACUUGGCCGCGUGAGAGAUUCGAGCACAGGGAGCCUGAACAAGAUCACGUAGCUCUCCCCUACAAUCACGUACCUUCCUUAUCCGACUCCAACUACAUGACCUGGGUCUGGGAGAUAGCAAAGCAGCGUCUCUUGGCCGACCCGGAUGACGACGAGCCUCGGAAGUGGUACGCUUUGGAGAGAUCUGCGGGAGAUCUCACUUCGGACACGUCGUGGCUCAAGCUGAUCACGUUUUUACUCCGACAUCCGCUCGUCUUCAACUUCCAAAUCGUCUCCACACCAACGACCUCGAGUGUCGUGAACCCCCUCCUCGAACUGCUUGCCAAGAUCGAUGUGAACAAUGCAUCGGACCAGGACCAGGUCGCACUCAUAUCUGCUACGGAGGACAUACGCGCCAACCUCAGACAGCUCUCCCCCUUUCCGGAAGACUACUUGGAUUCCCUCCUGAAGUUGAUGGCCAUUACCGGAGACCACUUCGCAGGUCUAUCCGGAUACGAUCUCUCAGCUGCUCAAAUCAUUCGCUUCGCCUCUCGCUGCCUUGGCAUGGACUCGCUGGAUAUAUCUCAAAACCCCCACAUUGUCCUCAGCGAUAUCCCCGCCAUCGUCAUCGCAGCCCCUCAUCUCCGCCGCCUGAAUGUGUGCGGCUGCGACGCAAUCGAUGGCCAGGCGCUGCUCGACCUCGUGCGAACUCAGCCGUCGCUUUUCCUCACGGUCGAAGCUAUCAUUCAUCCUGCCUUCCUCACGAUCGUGAAGCCGCCCGACUUCCCAGUCGCAUUCACGUUCAUGUGCGCCUGCGAACAAGAUAUCAGCGGAGUGGCCCUCCCGCUCUUCACUCCGACCCAGGUGCUGCAGGCGUUGUGUCACAUUCUCCCGCCGGUAUGGUACUCCGGAGAUAGCCAGUACGAGAGACUGGGAUUCCAACAGUUUUUAUUUUCACCGAACAUGAUCAUACCGGGCUCCCUCAGCUUGUCGUCGUCCAUGUUGACGUUCGCCAUCUUAAGCAGCGGCUCACGACGCCCUGGCCAGUCCUGGUCGGAUCGCGCUGUCGUCGGCGUGCCGCUGCACCCGUAUCCUGCCGUGUCCGCCCGCCCCGAGGGCAGUUGGGCCUUCUACUUCGACUCGAGCCACACAUCCAUCUCCGGCGACACGACCUGGACUUUCAUACACUAUGCCCCAGAUGACGACUCCUCGGAUACGGAGCCCGUCCAUGCGGACAAUGGGGAUCUUCUGCUUCCCGACCCAGGUGGCAAGGCGUUCCGGAUAGGGCCGGGUUGCGUCGACCCACGCUUCAAACGGCGAGGCAAGGCCUACGACCUCCGCGGGUUCCUGCGUUGCAUGGCGGAGGAGGGCCGGCCGCUGCCGCCCGAAGAGCUUGUCGCACAGCUCGAGAGGCUUCUAUACUCGCAACACGGCGGGCGGCUCGUCUGCUUACCCACGCCGCAGGCGGAUGUGCCGACAGCGCUGACGGCGAUACCGUCUGUGUCCCUCGACGGUGACACGAUGCUGGAUGUGCUGACCCGGAAAAUGUAUGCUCUGCAGUCGGAAGUGCACCCGCUCGUCCGCGGAUUGAUGGACCCUGAGUCGAACGGAUGCGUUGUAGCGUGA